AUGGUAUCGUCACUUAGAUACAAGCUGUUCCGAUCGUAUGUCCGCAAAGUGUUUGAUGAGAUUGGCACUACAGACGAUAUGGUGGAUUUGGAAAAGAUUACUGAAGGAGUGCAAUCUCAAGCUGGCACCCAUCCCUUCACCGAGGGGGAACUCGAGGCUGGAUAUGAGCGAAUGGCCAGCGAUAAUGCUGUUAUGAUCGCUGAUAACAAGAUCACACUCAUCUAA